ACGAUAUAUCGUACAAAUUUUUUCGCUAGUUUAUAAAUUUAUUUUUGGGGAAGUUGAGCACUGUUUUUGUGAAGAAAUGUCAACUUAUGUUUUUUUGAACUAUUCGCUACCUAAGGAAAUAUAAAAUUUUAUUUCCUUCAUAUAAAAUGUUUAAGGAAAAUGAAUUCGUCGCAAGCUCCCUUUGGUAAAUUUUCAUUUUCUUUAAAGUACAAUCAAAAAUCUAUUUUUUUUUAAUUUUUGCUGAAAAAGUAUAAUGAAAUUUAAGGCAGGUUUGUUAAAGUAAUAUAUAUUGUAUCAUUAAGAAAAUAUAGUAAUUAAAAAUUAUCCACAUAAAUAAAAUAGAUGCUUGCUCAAAAGACGUGGACGAUAUAUCGUACAAAGUUAGGCAACUCAAAUGUACAACAUAUCGCACAUAAUUUAUUUGGUCGAUAAAUCGCACAAAAGUCACGAACGGUUGUGACUUAGCAGCAAUUGCAUCGUUAUGUUCAACUCAAUUUUAAACGCGAAUUUUUCUGGGAAAUAUGACAAGCAAUCGCUCUUGUUAAUGUGAAAUUUUACUUAUGACACAAAUUUUUAAUCAUUCAGAGAUUGGAGGCGCAAGUAUAUGCAUAGCACAUUUUGUAAAAUGAAGCCUUUUACAGAGGAAGAGAUUUUGGAAAUUUUGGAUGAAAUCGAUCCAAAUGUUUCUGAUUUGGAGGAUGACCAUGAAGCAUGUGAAGCAAAUAAUGAAGAGUUGAUGGGGGAACUUCAUCCAGAUGAUGAAAUAAUUAUUGAUUAUGUAUUACAUAAUAGUUCCUCAGUUUUAUUAGACAACGUGAGUUUACUGAACGUACAAAAUUUUGAUGACAUUGUUAUUGAUGAGGAUUUAGAGCUGGAAGGAGACAUAUUAUCUGAGCAAAUUUUGGUAUUAACCUCAAAAGCGGAAAUUAAAUGGAAACGAAGGAAAUUUAAUGGGUCUGGCUUUCAUUUUGAACCAGAUUUUCAACAAGUAUUAAAUAUUUUGGAGCCCUACCAAUACUUUGAACAAUUUUUCCCUGACGAACUUUUUGAGAAAACGACAUUCUAUACAAAUUUAUACGCUGUCCAAAAUAAAGUAUCGGGUUUUAAACCAGCUCAAAGUUGGGAAAUGAAAAUGUUAAUUGGAUUACAAAUAGCCAUGGGUUGCAUGCGGCUUGAUAGGAAGACAACAUUUUGGGAUCCUACACUUUCGAUAGAGCUUUUUAAGAACACGAUGUCGUUAAAACGCUUCAGACAGUUACGUCUAAACCUACAUUUCAUUGACAAUCUGAUGAUUCCACCUGAUUGCAAUGACAAAUUUUUCAAAAUUCGUCCUUUAAUUGAAACAAUAAGAAAACGCUGCCAAGAGGAACCUGUGGAAGAAGAUGUAUGUAUCGAUGAACAAAUUAUUCCAUUUAAAGGAAAAUUGUCUUGCAAAAUAUACCAAAAGGGUAAACCCAAUCCCUGGGGUAUUAAAAAUUACGUCCUGUGUGGAAAGUCAGGUUUUCCAUAUGAAUUCGAGUUAUAUCAAGGCAAAAAUACUAACCUCGACGAGAAUUUAGUCCGCACGGUAGGCUUUUCUUCCGCAAUAGUUCUUCAUUUAUGUAAAAGGUUGACUAAAUCUGGGCAUAAUCUGUAUUUCGACAAUUUUUUCAAUUCCUAUAACUUACUGGAAAUAUUAUCGCAAAGGAAUAUAAAUGCGGCAGGAACAGCUCGGGUUAACAGAUUUGGUCGGACUACAUUUGUAUCUGAUAAAGAUCUUCUGAAGCAAGGAAGAGGAUCGUCUGACUGUUUGGUAAGCACGGAUGGAAAAAUUUGCAUUGUAAAAUGGCUGGAUAAUAAGCCUAUUUACUUAGCCUCUAACUUUGUAGCGAUUGGGGAACAAGAUGUUGCUAAACGAUUUUGCAAAAAGACCAAAAAAACAAUAGAAGUAAAAAGACCGAAAAUUGUGAAGGAACAUAACGAAUCGAUGGGUGGGGUCGAUUUGCUGGACCAGUUAAUAAGUUACUAUAGAAUUUUUUUGAAAUCUUCUAAAUGGACACUUCGCAUCACUUCGCACUUCAUUGAUUUCGCAUUGGUAUCAUCUUGAAUUUUAUACAAAAAGGAUUGCAAUAGACAUAAUAUUCCCACAAAGGACAUAAUGAAGCUGCAUGAUUUUAGGAUGAAAGUUGCAAACAGGCUUGUUUUAUUUGAGAAAGCGGCAACUAUUCGCAAAAGAGGGCGUCCAAUGUCUAUAAUAAACUCCGACGUUAGACCAAGCAGUAAAGUAAGAAGAUAUGAAACACGACCGCAAAAAGAAGUGUCUGAAGAUCGGGUUGACCAUUUUCCUGCUCAUGACGGCAAAACAAGUCAAACGAGGUGCAAGAACAUAGGAUGCCGUAGACGUACAUAUUUUAUAUGCACUAAGUGUAAGAUUCAUUUGUGCAUUUCAAAAGAAAACAAUUGUUUCUUAAAUUAUCAUAAAAGUUUAAACUAAUAUUCUUACGAUACAUAUAUAUAUAUUUUUUUCCACAAACUUACAUACAUCGCUAAUGGUAUUGUACCUCCCUUAAUUUAGUAUUCAUUAUAUAAGUAAUUUAAUAAAUUUUUUAAAAAAGUUUAUAAUAAUUUAUAAGCCUUUUUAAGUAAAAUAUUAAAAAUAUUUUAAGGUUUGCGUUGUUAACUGUGUUUUUAAUUCAAAAAUAUGAAUAAAUGACAUAAGCAGAUAUAAAAAGAUGUUUACUCCUUUUGUGAACUUUGUACGAUAUAUCGUACAAUUUUUGGGGGGCUGUAAAACCUAUAAUGAUUAUUUUAUUUUUAAUUUUCUUACAAUUUAUGACUAUUUAGCACUAAAGGGAAACAUAACAAGUCGGUUGAUUUUUUUCCACCACUAAUAUGGAAAAUGAAAACAAAGG